AUGACUGAUGCAGAAUUCCAGUCGAUAUUAGAUGGAGCGACAGGGAGCAAGGAGAGUGCUGCCGAGAUGGUUGAGGGUCCAGACCUCGCAUCUAAGGCAGUAGGAGACAGCAACACACCAGAAUCAACAAGGAAACUCGAAGGAGAGUCUGCGCAGCCAGUAGCAGAGGCGAAAUUUGAAAAGCCAGUGGAAACGGAACCCGAAGUUCCAAUGUUCCAGCCAAUUGCAGAGGUACUAGUAGACACAGAACCCAAAGUUCCAGUUGUCCAGCAUGAGGCAGAGAAGCCUACCGUCAUCAAGUCGAAAGUCGUGAAGAGAAAGUUGGUAUUGAAGGAUGACCCAAAGGAUGAGAGGCAGAAACCGAAACGUGUGUCGCAAAGGUGCCUGGGACGAGGGCUGACCAGGAAGGCAGGAGCCAACACUGCAAGUGAAACAGUGACAAUCUCCAGCGAUGAAGAAGGGGUAACUCCUACAAAACCUGGGGAUAAACCCAUGCCGGCUGCCGACCAGGAAGACACCCUCGAGAAGGCAGAAGUAGUACCACCUACCCCUACUAGUCAGAAAGUGGGAACUCCUACAAAACCUAGGGAGGACCCGAGCGACACACCGUUAGACAAGUCGGUGAUCAAUACCCAGGCGACCGAACCUACAGCCCUGGAGAAGCCUUCGGCGUCGACUGAGAAGAAGCCAGCUGAAGAGACUGAGGAAGAGAGAUAUCUACAAGAGAGGAAGAGGAAAGGGAAAGCCCAUUCGCGAAGAGAGGAGAUCAGCGAUGAAGAUUACACCUCAAAUGAUGAGCCUGACCCAGAGGACGACGUGUCCCUAGAAGAUGAAGAAUUUCGAGAGCAACCGCUACCUAACGACCACCGUGAACUUGUUCAUCCUCCGGUGGAGAGAUUUGAAUAUGUGUCGUGGCAGAUCGACCUCGAUGACGACCUUAUGGAGGACACGAAGCACUACAACACCACAAAGCUUCAGGAUUCCUUCGAUGACAAAGAAGACAACAGCAAGCAGAUCAAAUGCGGCAAGGGAAGCGCGUGUAGAGUUGGCAAGGCUGACAGACGUGAUGGAGAAUAUUCUCGAGGAUUAGCAAGAAGAAGGAGGAAGAGUGAGUCCGGGACUAGUAGCCAAGAAACCAAAAGGGAUGUACCACAAGAACCGGCAGAAGAUGAUGAGGACCACCAGGAAUCUGAGGAUGAUGGAAGUGACGACCAGGAGACUGUACCAAAGGAAACACCUGCACCAAACUCUGCACUUAGGAGGAGCCGGAGGAACAAAUGA